AUGAAAUCGAAUAAUGAGGCGAAUUAUCCAGCUGAACGUGCUGUUGUUGCUGCAAACGAUGAACAACAAUUGGCUGAUAUUUUCAAACUAAACAUCGACUGUUUCGAAGAAGUGUUCGACUAUUUAGUGCUGGCGGAUUUUGCAGCAAUGGGGCAAACAUGUAAACGAAUGCAACAAAUAGCCGGACAUUGUUUUCUGCUAAAUUAUGGCGCCGAACAAGUAAUGUUUGGCGUCGAAGGUUUUAACCUUCUAGGUGUCAAGAUAGAUUGUUUUAACAAUGUCUUACAAAACGUCUGCAUUAAUCACUGCCUACUCUCAAGCUAUAAAGAUGAGUCUUCAGUGAUUCCGUUGAAACACUCAACAUCGAUUAAAGAAAUCAAAAUGAUUUUUUUUGAUUGUGGAAUUUUGUCUUAUGACAUUUACAGAAUAAAAGAUAUCAUCAGUAAAGCUGAAAAAGUGAGCUUUAGUUAUGGUGACAAGAUGUUGGAUGAUUUGCUUGAACUGUGUACAAAUGUGAAACAUUUAUCUUUCGAACUUGGCUAUCAAGAUGAACCUCAAUGGACGCGUCGCAUUUAUCCAAAGUUGGAACACAUUCAAUUUUUACCUGGCACUACGAAAAAUGUACCGGCCCUAAACACAUUCAUCGAGCUGAACACGACGAUCAAACAAAUUUCCAUCACUUCCCAGCUAUUAUGGAUAAACAGAACACUUUUUAAAAAUCUCAACCACAAAAUUGAUACAUUGGUGAUUCAUUACAAUGAUGAUAAGAUUGAGUUCGAUGUAUUUUGUCGUUUUCUCAAUGAACUCUAUGAGUUUGGAUUUUAUAAGAAACUACAUUUGAUUGAAAACUUUCUAAUUCAAGAAGAUAUCGAUCAGUUGGCUUCGGUAAAAGGAUUGGUGAAAUUUAAGGUUCAAAAUUACGUGCAUGUUGGUGCUUUCAAAGACUUGGAAGAACUAUGCGCCAACUACAGUGAUGAUAUUACUGAUCUGGAAACACUUCCACAUAUGCUCUCGAAACUGAAUCGCGUUCAUUUUGAAGAUGCCAGUUCUAAUGACAUUUUACCAUUUAUUUUCCAUUCAAAUAAUUUGACCAAAUUGAAAGUUGAAGAUCUUUCUAGUGGACUACAUUUCGAUGAAAAUGAAAAAAUUCUCAAUUUAUUUGCGUUGAAUAAAGAGCGUGAGAAAUUGGUUGGAGCGCGCAAGAUCACAAUCUACGUCCGGCAAGAUGUGUAUAUAUUAACAAAAUGGGCAAUGAAACAGACAGACUUCAAUAUGAUCGAAAUGAAACGAGAUUCUUCAUACAAUUGGUGUUGUUCAUUUUGAAUUAUUUUCUCUUCAUUUUUUUCUACAAAUUAAUUAAAUUUUUUCAAUAUUUUCAA